AUGGCAAAUUUGAUUAAGCAAAUGAGGGUGAAAUUUUCUGGCGUCGAGGACGGAAACGUGGGAGAAACUUCUCGCGUUAGAGACCGAAAACUAUCGUCUCAAAAGACUCGAUCGUUUAAAGGAGACAACAGAAGAGGUCAAAACUGGUACAAAGGACAGUCGUCUUCUCGUGAACCAAGGUACGACGAUGAUGAUUCGGAUUACAUGGAGAGUGAUGAGUUCCGAACAGCAGUUGCAGCAGCUGCGUUCGCCAUUAAUUCAGCCGAAGAGCAACGAAGAAGAACGAGACGACGGCGAGAUGAUGGUUUGAAGAAAGGCAAGAGGAAACAAGAAGAUGGUCAGGUUUCAGUGAGGCCAAGAGGAAGAAUCCAACUGCCUUCUUCUGCAAGCAAUAAAAUGAAGAACAAAGAAGAUGACACAGUACCCAUAUCAACCCCAACUCUUUUCCCCAAGAAACCCUCAGGAUUGCAAGAAAAGGUACCCAAAAGCGCUAGCCGUUCUCCAAGAAACACAGGACUUAGAGGCGAAUCGCCAAGAGAAAGUGUCAGUGCACCACAAUUUGUGAUGAAGAAAACUCCUCCUCCGACUCCGACUCCUGCUCCUUUCGACAAGCAAUCGGACAAAACUAUUACAAGUACAAAACCUGAAAGCGACUUCCCAAGUGGUAGUCAUCAACAACCAACACCCCUAGAAACCAAAGUCGAUAAAAAGCGAUCACAAUCCCGACUCGAAGACACAAAGGCAUAUGUUUGGGAGAAAACUGAGAUGGAACGGAUCAACGAACGGUACGAGAAGUUGAAUGCCAAAAUACUCGAGUGGGAAAAUGAAAAGAAGGCGAAAGCGAAGAAGAAGUUGUCAACUAAAAAGGAUAAGCCGGAGAGUAAAAGGGCUCGAGCUUUGGAAACCUACAAGACUGAGAUGGAGAUGAUUGAUCAAAUAGCCGAAGGAGCACGGUCACAGGCUGAGGAAAACCAAAGGAAGGAAAUAAAAAAAGUCCAGGAGAAGGCGGACAAAAUUCGGUUAACCGGAAAAAUCCCAACAAAAACGUGUUUAUGCCUUUAAAUAUCGAUCAAAAUGAUAUGAUCAAGCCUUCAUAUGUAUGUAUUUUUAUUGUAAAUGUGUAAAUAUGG